AGGAGUCGGACAUUUAUGGCGACGAGUUCUGGUCCGAGAAGAAGACCAAGUCCCAGAGGGACGAGCUCAACACCUUCUCUUGGGAUGCUGGUCGAGAUGAGCUGGAUGACCUGCUGGCCGAUGACCUGGGGUCUUCUUUUCCUAAAGCUGAUCUGCAUAAGGAUGAGGACGACCUGGGAUUGGGCGGACCGAGACACGACUUCGGGCUUGGAGACCUGGGAGGCGGCCUGGACGCCGACUUCCGCUUCGGCGGCGAUGACUUCGAUCACCGGAGAGAUCGAGAUGAAGGGAAAGGAAAAGGUAAAGGAAAAUCCAAAGACAAGAGUAAAGAGCCCAGGGAGGCGGAUCCGAAGCAGGUCUUCGUGGCCAACAUCGGCGACGCCCAGGAGGACGAGCUCCGCGCCUUCUUCGAGCAGGCUGGUGAUGUGGACCGGCUUAAAGUGCUGAAGAACCCCGAUGGCACCACCAAGGGCAUCGGCUUUGUGACCUUCCGCACGGAGGAGCAGGCGCAAAAGGCCCUCUCCUUCCACAAUCGACCCUUCGAAGGUGGUAACAUCGUGGUGCGCCUGGCGCACGCGGGGAACAAGAAAGGUGACAAAGGCGACAAAGGCGAAGGAAAGGGCGGCCGCUUCGAGGAGCGCGACGACCGCUUCGAGGAGCGGCGGCGGCCGGAGCGGCCGGAGAAAGGGAAGAGCAAAGGACGAGGCAAAGGGCAGCUCGGCCGA